UGCUUGCUCAGCUGUAAGUUGUAAAUUUUUGUUUGUAUUCUACGUCAACAUUAUUCUAGACACGUCAAACUUAUUUUUAUUGGCUUCCAAAGUGAUUUAUCAAAGCUAUUUUCAACUGAUAAAGGAUCACAGAACAAUCUUCAGAGAUAUCCAGAAUUUAAACUGAGUAUUCAUAGAAAAACUGGAGUUCGGCACAUUGCAUUUAUAGCAGGUUAUGACAAUUUGAAGCAAAUCUUGCAACUAUGAGUGGAGAGAGUAAUAAAGAAAUGAUAGUGUUGGUAACUGGGGGAACAGGACUAGUUGGUAGAGCAAUUGCUCAAGUCAUUUCAAGUGAUGAUGAAAAAAGGCCAAAUGAAAAAUGGAUCUUCAUUGGAUCCAAGGAUGCUGAUUUAAGUGACUUGGAACAGACUAAGCAACUAUUCGCCAAGCAUAAGCCAACCCAUGUCAUCCAUUUAGCAGCCAAAGUUGGUGGACUUUUCCAUAAUAUGUCUAGUAAUCUCGAUUUUCUGAGAACGAAUCUACAAAUCAACGACAACGUACUUCAUACAAGUUUUGAAACCGGGGUCGAAAAAGUUGUAUCAUGUCUGUCAACUUGCAUUUUCCCUGACAAGACGACCUAUCCCAUUGAUGAGACUAUGAUCCACCUAGGCCCUCCACACAAGUCCAACUUCGGCUAUUCGUAUGCGAAACGCAUGCUGGACGUUGCGAACCACGCCUAUCACGAGCAGCAUGGCAAGAUGUUCACGUCGGUGGUGCCUUGCAAUGUGUUCGGACCACAUGACAACUUCCAUCCACAACACAGUCAUGUCAUACCGGGUCUCAUACGUCGGCUGCAUGCUACCAUGCAAACUGGUGGAGACAAAUUCACAGUAUUAGGCUCUGGGAAGCCACAGAGGCAAUUCAUCUAUUCUAUAGACCUGGCUCGUUUGAUGGUAUGGGUGCUACGAAAUUACAACGAUGUCGAACCUAUCAUUUUAUCAGUCGACGAAUCGUCCGAAGUAACAAUAGCUGAAGCUGCGCGAUCAGUGGCUUCGGCGUUUGAAUUUGGCGGUCAAAUAGAGUUCGACACUAGCGUUGCCGACGGGCAACUACGCAAAACUGCCAGCAACAGCAAGCUACGAUCUCUGCUACCUUCCAGCUUCCAGUUCACCGAUUUCGACCAAGCUGUCAGGGAGACCGUUGAGUGGUUUAAGGCUAACCAGGAGUCGGCUAGGCUAUGAUAGGCGCAAACUAAGUUUAAAAAACAUUUUGGAAAGUUUUACUUUCUUUACCUCUGGUAGUAACAUAGAGGAAAGAUAGCUAAGAAGAUGUGUAUCAAGUUGAGAUUAUACUGUAUCAUUUAUGGUAAUACCAUAGAGGAAAGAUAGCUAAGAAGAUGUGUAUCAAGUUGAGAUGCUACUGUAUCAU